UAUCUUCUUCUUUUCAUAUAAAUAUAAAUUUGAUCACGCAGAUCAGAGGACUUGAAAUUCUAUAUAAGAAGGCGAGAUGGGGGCGAAGAUGUCGAAUGGACGGACUCCAAUCAGCCAUAGAUCUUCUCCUCGUAACACCGAUGAUGCUGCAACCACUCCUUUCUCAACGAGAUAUGGAAGAAUUCCCGAUAAUUAUCAAACUAUCGAGCAAGUUACGCAAGCGCUUGCUGAAUCCGGACUCGAAUCCUCUAAUCUAAUAGUAGGCAUCGACUUCACCAAGAGCAACGAAUGGACAGGGAGGGAUUCCUUCGAUGGAAGGUGUCUUCACCACCUCAGCGAUGGCUUGAAUCCGUACCAGCACGCCAUCUCCAUCAUUGGAAGGACACUCUCACGUUUCGAUGAGGAUAAUCUCAUCCCAUGUUUUGGCUUUGGCGAUGUCACUACUCAUGAUCAAGAUGUGUUCAGCUUCUAUUCGGAUAACAGGCCUUGUGAUGGUUUCGAGGAGGCAGUAUCUCGUUACAGAGAGAUCGUUCCACAUGUUCGGUUAUCAGGGCCUACGUCGUUUGCUCCAAUAAUCGAGACUGCUAUGGGAAUAGUUGAUCGAAGUGGUGGGCAAUAUCAUGUUCUUUUGAUCAUAGCUGAUGGCCAAGUCACAAGAAGCGUAGACACGGAAGUCGGACAGCUAAGUCCACAGGAGCAAAGCACAGUUAAUGCAAUAGUGAAAGCAAGCGAGUACCCGUUGUCCAUUAUCGUGGUUGGAGUUGGAGACGGGCCAUGGGAUGUGAUGCGUGAGUUUGAUGACAACAUCCCAGCCAGAGCCUUUGACAAUAUACAGUUUGUGAAUUUCACAGAAAUCAUGUCAAGAAAUAUCCCUCUGCCUCAGAAGGAAACUGAGUUUGCCUUGGCUGCAUUGAUGGAAAUCCCUUUACAAUACAGAGCAACUUUGGAACUCAAACUCUUGGGCAACCAGAGAGGACAUGGCGUAACCCUCCCGUUGCCACCCCCAUCGCGCAACUUGAGGUCAAAUAGCGAUAUAACCUUGAGCCGUUCAAGCAGCUACAGCCAAACCUUUUCAAGUAGAUAUCCUCCAUCUCCUGUUUCCACUUCAAGCUCUUCAAAUCAAAGGAGGUGUCCCGUUUGUUUCUACAACAAACGAAAUCUUGCACUUGGAUGUGGACAUCAGACGUGCCAUGACUGUGGGGAAGAAUUGAGCUGGUGCCCUAUUUGUCGGACAGAGAUAACAACAAGGAUAAAGCUUUAUGACUAAGCUCACAAAGCCAAUGUUAAAACACCAGAUAUGAUAUGUGUGAUUGAGUAGUGAUUUGUAUGUCUAUAUAAAGCAUUGCACACCGAGUUUGUCCUAAUUUUAAUUGCAAUUACAGAUUUAGUAAACAGUAAACUGUAUUUGUAAACAUCAUGUGUGUCAGUUUUUUUUUUUUUUUUACUUGAGAGAAGAUCUUAUUCAUUUGACAUCAAAAUGCUAUGUAUUUAAGAUUCAUAAA